AUGAGCGGAGGCAGUCGACGGACGGCGCGAAGCCGGGGAAGGUCCUCGCCUGGAGAGGCCGACGCCGGCGAAUCCGCCCGCGGCCCGCGCCGCCCUGUCGAGGGAAUCGGAAAGGGACGGAGCCGCGAUCACGGCCCGAUCCGGUUGAGGGACGUCAGCCUCAAGACGCUGCUAGGGUUAGGGUUCUUGGCCGCGCUGUUUGUGUUUUUCUUGGUUAAUAAUUAUCAAUGGGGCUCCUUGAGGGAGGAUGCGGCAGUUCGGAGUCUGAGGAGGGCCGUCACGCCGCUGCCGGCCCCCAGGAUGAUGGAUCUUCCCCAGUUUCAAGGAGAGCACCAGGAGAGCUUGUACUGGGGCACCUACCGACCUCACGUGUACCUUGGAAUCCGAGCCAGGACUCCACAAUCACUAAUUGCUGGAUUAAUGUGGAUCGGCAUAAAGGAUGGACAGUACUUUCUUCGUCAUAUUUGCCAGGAUUCUGAUGAUCUAAGCACAUACGGAUGGAGAGAUCACAAUGGUAGGGACUAUGGACGUCAAGAAAUCGUCGAUCAUGGAUUAUCAUUCAUGACUAGUUUCUUGAAAGAGAAAAGGGAAGGCAGUGGCUAUGGUGGCGACUGGGCUGUUAGAUUGGAUUUGCAGAACACUAAGUCUAAGGUACAUGAUGCUGAAGAUAGCACUGCACAUCUUUUCUUUUAUGUUGCUGACGAAGAAGGAAAUUCCUUAGGUGUGCAAAGGCAGAAAUUUGAAUCCCGUGAUUCCACUCUUUUGGCAUUUGGAGAACGCAAUGAUGUAGGUGGUUGGGAACUACAUUUAGAUUCACAGGAAAAAUUGGAUGCUCACUUUUCUGGGUUCAGAACUCUUCAUAUGCACAAUUUGUCGGAACUUGUUCAGGGCACUCUUGCAUUUCAUGCAAGGAGAACUGGGCAACUUCGGUUACCUGAUGCAAUUGAAGAUUCUUCAAAUAUAAUUGUUGUUCAGAUUUCCGCAACUGUUCCUGCCAAAAUAGAUAUAACUUUUGUAUCUGGAACCAAUGUGGAAGGUUCAAGCAUCGAUGAACGCAUCAACAGCCUUACAGGAGCCAUGUUGUCCACUCGACUAGAAGAGAAACAAGGGGAAGUUGAGGACAAGUAUGUCAGCAUUUUCAAUAUAAAGGAUGAGGUUGAUUCUGAAUCAAUGAUCGUUGGUAGGGCAGCCAUUGGAAAUCUGCUGGGGGGGAUCGGUUACUUCUAUGGCCAAUCAAGGAUUGCCUUACCCAAAGGUUUCACUCAGCAAGAGAAUGGUGAGAAGUUUAUUUCAUAUUGGCCAGCUGCACUUUUCACAGCUGUUCCUAGCCGAUCAUUCUUUCCAAGAGGUUUUUUGUGGGAUGAAGGCUUCCAUCAGAUGAUCAUCGGGCGUUGGGAUGCUAAAUUAUCCAUGGAUAUUAUUGGACAUUGGUUGGAUCUCAUCAAUAUUGAUGGAUGGAUUCCUCGUGAGCAGAUUUUAGGAGCUGAAGCUUUGAGUAAGGUCCCUGAGGAAUUUGUUCUUCAAUAUCCAACAAAUGGGAAUCCACCAACUUUAUUUCUUGUUCUACGAGACUUGUUAAAUGGCAUACGGAUGGGAAAAUUUUCAUCUCAAGAAACCAACGAGAUUACUGAUUUUCUUAGUAGAGCCUACAUUCGCUUAAAUGCAUGGUUCCAGUGGUUCAAUACUACACAAUCUGGGAAGGAUGUUGGUACAUUUUAUUGGCAUGGAAGAGACAAUACAACAACCAAAGAACUAAAUCCAAAGACACUGACAUCUGGAUUGGAUGAUUAUCCACGUGCAUCACAUCCAAAUGAUGAAGAACAACACUUGGAUCUAAGAUGCUGGAUGCUACUUGCUGCAGAUUGCAUGCAUUCAAUUGCAGAGCUUCUGAAGAUGGAAAAUGCUUCAGCGAUGGAUUAUCACCACAUGUCAAAGCAGCUUUCAGACUUUGAGAAACUUAAUCAGAUGCAUUUGGAUCAUGCCUCUGGAGCAUAUUUUGACUUUGGAUAUCAUACUGAGAAGGUUCGUUUGAGGUGGCAUGAGGUGAAAGUUCUGGAUACUGUGCAAAGGGAACUUGUUCGCGAAACAUUGGAGGAGCCCCAGCUGAAACUAGUUCCCCAUCUUGGUUAUGUCAGCCUUUUCCCAUUCAUGAUGGGGAUCAUUCCAUCUGAAUCACCAAUCCUUGAGAAGCAGUUGAGGCUCAUAUCUAACCGCUCAACCUUGUGGACAGAUUAUGGAGUGCGUUCACUCUCUAAAAUGAGCUCCUUGUACAUGAAAAGGAACACAGAGCAUGACCCACCUUAUUGGAGAGGUCCGAUUUGGAUAAAUAUGAAUUACAUGAUUCUCUCAGCACUCCACCACUACUCACAAGAGGAUGGACCAUACAGAACUAUGGCUGAGACACUAUAUCAAGAGCUAAGGUCAAACUUGAUACGUAAUAUUGUUCGUAACUACUAUGCGACUGGGUUCUUAUGGGAGCAGUAUGAUCAAAAGAAUAAAGGCAAGGGUAAAGGUGCACGACCGUUUACCGGUUGGACUGCGCUUGUUCUUUUGAUGAUGACAGAAGCUUAUCCUAGCUUACAACGGUGAAAUUUUUGGUAUAUCGUGAGUCGAUAGCGCGCUUGAGAGACAAAAACAGUUGGCCUAGCAUUCAGGUGGUGUCUGAAGCAAUCUGUUCAUCUUCCAUACAAUGAUUGAAGCCCCAUUUCUUAUUGGCUAACUAGAAUGAUAAGAGGGUCAGAUACCUCAUUUUCUGUAUCAGGAUAUAUGCAUUUUUAUAUGGUGAUGCAUUAUUUUUGAACUUGAGCAAUGAAAGGUCUGUUCAUGCAA